GAAGAAGAGGAGCCUUUCGUGUGAGAGGCUGCCAUAUACAAAAACAACAAACAUUACAUGGCGUCAGGCAAUGUGCUAAGGCGUAAGAGCGUAAUGUAUGGCUAAAUUAUGAAGAUGUGUCUGAAGCUGCGACAGAUAUAUUUCAUUAUUAUUAUGAUUUAGCUAACCAUCUUUGAAUAGAUGGCCAACGACUGCGCUUUUGUAUCAGGAGUAAAGUUAGCUUGCUCGCUAACUGGCUAGCAGCCAACCAGUAAGCGCGAGUCCCUACGGAGGGUGGUCCGUGUCCUCCCGUGAUUCCGGACGCCUGGGACUGGAUUCCAGUGCUGGAUUCCGACGACCCUCUUUGGUAGCCACUUCUAGCUAACCUUAGCUACCUCACAAGCAGUUUUGCAUUGUGUCGCUCAUAACUCACUGACAAUGUAAAAUAUCAUGGGGACGGAGACACGGGAUCUGGUGGGGGAGAGGAUGGCCUCCCUCCUCCAUGUCCCCCUGCUGGGCUUGCUGCUGGUGGCCCCUGGGUGUUGGGCAGGAGACUGUAAGGGCCACAGACAGGUGCUGAGGGGCCCCCCAGGGUACGUCACAGACGGGCCAGGGAACUACUCUGUAAACGGGAACUGCGAGUGGCUCAUCAAAGCCCCCAGCAGCAAUUACCGUAUCGUCCUGAACUUCACCUUCAUGGAGACAGAAUGCACCUACGAUUACCUGUUCGUCUACGAUGGAGACUCCUACCAGAGCCCUCUACUGGCCAGUCUGAGUGGCACCACCCUGCCGCAGCCCAUAGAAGCCAAGUCUGGCAAGAUGCUGCUCCACCUCUUCAGCGAUGCCAACUACAACCUCCUGGGCUUCAAUGCCACCUACUCGUUCUCUGUGUGCCCUGGAGCCUGCGGAGGUCACGGGCGCUGUGACACUGCCUCAUCCCUGUGCCAGUGCCACCUGGGCUGGGGAGGAGCCGACUGUACCACCCCUCUGUGUCCCCAGGCCUGCAUCCUGCAUGGCACCUGUGACAAGAGAGGAGAGCGUUGUCUCUGCAGCUCGGACUUCCUGGGCCAGAGCUGUCAGUUGGGUCUCCGUGAUGACAGUGGGGCGGGGCAGUGGUGGCAGGUGAGCGGGGGCUACCCCUACACUCCCCCCCGGACCGGCUCUGCUGGGGUCUACCUGUCCUCCACUGGAGCCAUGUACCUGUUUGGAGGGUUUGACUUGAACCGAGCUCUGGGGGACCUGGUUAAAUACAACUUCAGCUUGAACCAGUGGGAGAACAGAUCUUAUGGACACUCCCCAGCGGCUCGUCACUCCCACACGGCAGUCGAGUGGAAGGGGAACAUGGUGAUCUUCGGAGGAGAGCUCGCGGGAGCCGCUUUAGCCAGCGACGUCUGGAUGUACCGCCCAAUCCAGGAUGACUGGCAGCAGCUCGGCCAAUCCCAUUCGCACGGGGCACCGAGAGUGGCCAACCAUGCAGCAGCUGUAGUGGACAACUAUCUCUACAUAUUUGGAGGUCGUACGGAAGAGGACAUGUUCUCGUCAUCACUGUAUCGGUUUGGUCUGCGGGGGUCUGGGGUGUGGGAAGUGGUGCAGCCCACCGGUGGGAAGCCCCCCGCCACAGCAGGUCACUCCAUGGUGUUCCACCCCCCGUCCCGGGCCCUGCUGGUCUACGGGGGCCACAGGCCUACCACCGCCAGGUUCAGUGUACGUGUGAACUCCACGGAUGUAUUCCACGUGGACCGGAGGUUCUGGACCUCGUUCCGCUCCCGUUUCCCAGCCACAGGCCCCAGGGAGAGAGCCUUCCACUCAGCCACCGUCAUCGGCAACUACAUGGUGGUCUAUGCCCCUUUACCGUCUAAUAUCGCUCCUAUUCUCCCUAUUCCAUCUCUCCCCCCUCUCAGGGGGAAUGUGCACAUCCACUACCAGGAGGAGAAGUGUUAUGAUGAGGGAAUCUUCUUCUACCACCUGGGCUGUCACCAGUGGGUGUCUGCUGGGGAGAGCCUCCAGCACAGAGGAGAGGCUGUGAGAGGGCGGUACUCCCAUGUAGCUGCUGUGAUGGAGGGCAGGGUGCUGCUGGUUGCCGGGGGUUACAGUGGUAUUGCCCGUGGAGACCUGGUGGCGUACAAAGUUCCUCUUUUCGUGAGUAGCGACCCAGGAGACCGGGACGCUGUGUGUGCCGAGGCACCAGACGAGAGCGUGUGUCUGAAGAACCCAGAAUGCAGCUGGUGUGAGGGCCGCUGUCGGGAGUACCAACCCACCAACCCGUGUGGCAGCACAGGGUGCCUGGGCCUGGCCCGCUUCCUUUCUGACUGCCAGUCCUGCCUGGUGUUCAGUGGGGCUCCAGGUUCCCUGCCCCGCGCCCCCGGUGACUUCGGCUGGUGUGUCCAGAACGAGUCCUGCCUACCUGUGUCAGAUCAAAGUGCUUGCCGUGUGGACCAGAUCUCAGGGGCGUACGGCUGGUGGGGGGAGCGUACCCGUUUCCUCACCUCAAUCCUUUCCUGUCGCACUGAGAACUAUGUCCCGGGACUGCACCUGCUCACCUUCCAGCACCCCCGCAAUGACUCCCAGCCUGACAAGGUGUCCAUACUGCGCAGCACCUCCAUCAUCCUCAGCCCCACCACAGAGAUGGACGUCACCCUGCAGUUCCGGGGCUUCAUCCACCCCCUGUGGGGUGCGCCUCCACCUGCACCCCCUCCCACCGAGACAGUCUCCAUGUGGGCCCGGAUACAGAGGCUACACUUUGAGGCCCGCAUGGCUGCUGGACCCAAUUCCCUGCAACUGAAGGAGGUGGUAGGUCGCUGGGCAGCUCACCAGGAGAAGGAGACGAAGCUGCUGUCCCGUCCUGACAUGGGUCGUCUGUUUCCCAACCUGACCCGAGGGAACCGAUACCUGGUCCAGGCCGAGGGAUACCUCAACAACUCAGGCUCUGGACAGACCAGUGAGAUGGCCCUGACCUGGAAUAGAACCACCCUGCCCGGCGGAAGUGAGAUUUCCUUCCUGUUCUUGGAGCCGUACCGUUCUGGCUCUUGCUCGGGGUACCAGUCAUGCUUGGCGUGUCUGUCAGACCAGUCCUGUGGCUGGUGUCCGUCUCUGGGCCGCUGUCUGUUCCGUGCACUGCCUGACCUGGAGCCCUGCCCGGAGGACCAGGGGGAAGGGGAGUGCCACCUGCUGCUGGCCCCACCGCAAUGCACCCUCUGUGAGGAGUACAGGGAUUGCUCCGCCUGCACUCAGGACCCCUACUGUGAGUGGCAGAUAAACUCCAGCAAGAAGGGUGACUACCAAUGCAGCCGACGGGGGAGACUGGAAGGAUCCAUUCGCGACCCAGGGGGGUGCCCUAAAGUCUGCAACCAGAGGAGGACGUGUGGGGAGUGUUUGUCUAACUCCAGUCAGUGUGCGUGGUGUGAGUCGGCCCAGGCCUGCUUCUACUUCGCGGCCUACCUCACCAAGUACCCCUACGGAGAGUGCAGGGACUGGUAUGACAGUGUCCACUCAGUGCCCCAGUGUAAGCAGUGCUCAGCUCUGGUCACCUGUACAGACUGUCUCCAGACGUUCCAGUGUGGCUGGUGUGGAGACUACAACAACCCCACCAUCGGCAGGUGUCUAAGAGGAGACUGGGCAGGGAUGGACGACCCCUCUGUGUAUAACUGCAGUGUGGCUGUGGCUGAAGUACGGGCUACCAGUCCUGAGCCCCAGACCUUGGCCCCCCUGCGGCCCAUGGAGAUGGAGCUGGAGCUGGAGCACCUGGAGGAGGGGGAGAGGGAUGCAGUCUGGUCCUACCCCACCUGUCCCGAUGUGGAGGAGUGCAGGCUGGGCCUCCACAGCUGCCACCCCUUCGCCACCUGCGUCAACACCCCCACCUCCUACGAGUGCCACUGUGAGAGGGGCUACACCGGGGACGGCACCCUGCACUGCAACCAGACUUGUUAUAAUGAGUGUCGUGAGGGCCAGUGCAGUGGCAGCCCGCGGUUCGAGUGUGAGUGUUCCCUGGGCUGGACAUCUGACCCAGCCACCCUGGUGCUGAGCGGGGUGGAGUGUGACGUGGACUGUGGCUGUAACUUCCACAGCACCUGUAUCACCGCCCCAGGCAUCUGUGAUCACUGCCAGGAUUGGACAACGGGUCCCCAGUGUGAGCACUGUCGACCAGGGAGUUUUGGUUCUGCACUGGGCGGGGGCUGUGUGCCCUGCCAGUGCAACGGCCAUGGAGACCCCCUCCAGGGCUACUGCCACAAUCAGACAGGCCAAUGCUUCUGCACACACCACACCCAGGGACCACACUGUGAAUCCUGCCUGCCCGGAUACUACGGAGACCCCAGGAAUAAUGGCACCUGUUUCCGUCAGUGUCAGGGGCGCUCUGUGAUCCUGUCCCACCAGUCACCCCUCUCUGAGCUCCCCAUCUCGUCCUCCCUGGGGUGGCGAGGGGGCGUUGGGGGGAAGGGGGGACUCUCCCACUGUCUGUGGGUCCUGUCUGUCUCUGAGAACCUGGCCCCCUGUGUGCCGGGCGAGCUGUGCCCUCCUGUGGCUCUCACCCUGCACCCAGACUCUCACACACAGUGCACUAGCUCCUACGUUUACGUGUUUGACGGCCUGCCUCGUUUCUUGAGCAAUGGGGUGGUGCACUCAGACCACAACCUGAUUGGAGCGUUCUGUGGGACGACCCGGACUCAGCCAAUCACUGUGGAGGCCACUUCAGGUGUGAUCUCUGUCUACUUUGAGGCCAACGUCUCGUCCGACAACCCUCAGGGUUUCAACGCCUCCUUCUGGGUGCGACGCUGUCGAGAGGGUUCUGAGGCAGGCGAGGAUGGGUCACCGGUGUGCCAGGGAGGGGCGCAGUGCAGCGGGGGGCUGUGCCAGUGUCCUCAGGGGUACGGGGGGCCGUACUGCGACAGGCCCCUCUGUCCCGAGGACUGUGGGCUAGCAGAGGUCCGAGGCUCCUGCAACUUGUCUCUGGGAGUGUGUGUGUGUGCAGACGGUUGGGGCGGCUCGGACUGCUCCACUCCUCUGGACUCCAGUAGCCUAGUUUGGGAAACCCUACUGUACACACAGCUCACAGCGAAUCAGGCCCACAGGUUCCUCCACCGGAUGGGCCAUUCUCUAGUGUCUGGGCCCCAGGGGAACCUCUGGAUGUAUGGAGGCCUCUCUCUCUCAGAGGGCAUUCUGGGAAACGUCUACAGGUACUCUGUGUUGGAGCGGCGCUGGACUCAGAUGCUGACCAGCUCAGUGGAGGAAGGCUCCACCCCCAGCCCACGCUACCACCAUGCCUCUGCCCUUCUGGCCAGUCACCAGCCUCUCUCCGGCGCCCAGGGAGCCACUCACAACCUCAUGCUGGUGGUGGGCGGUGUCACGCAGAAGGGCGUCGCCCUGGAUACGUGGAGCCUCAACCUCAGCAGUCUGGUGUGGAGACAGCACAAGAGCUCAGUGCUGCCACCGGUGGCAGGUCAUACUCUAACGGUGCGUCGGGACUCCUCUAUGCUGCUCAUCGGAGGUUAUUCUCCAGAGAACGGCUUCAACCACCACCUGCUGGAGUUCAACAUCCACUCUGGCAACUGGACCGUUGCCUCCCACACCGGCACGCCUCCUACAGGUCUGUAUGGCCAUUCUGCUGUGUACCACGAGCAGACGGACGCCGUGUACGUGUUUGGAGGCUACCGCUUCCACGUGGAGACAGUGGAGCCCUCAGGAGAGCUCUACAGUCUCUACUAUCCCAACCUCACCUGGUCCCUACUGGUCCCCUCACAGGGGAAUAAGCCCCUGUCUCGUUUCUUCCACGCUGCAGCCCUGAUAAAAGACACCAUGGUGAUCGUGGGAGGGAGGACAGGAGAGGAGGACUACAGCAACACAGUGUCUCUGUACCAGAUCAACUGUAACACCUGGAUACAGCCAGACUCGGCGGUGGGCGAGCCAGUUAACCGUUCAGUGUCUCUGGCCAUGGCGGGCUGGGGUGGGCGGCUGUUCCUCUCUGGGGGGUUCAACGGGGUCACCCUGGGGCGUCUUCUCACCCUUACCCUUCCCUCUGACCCCUGUGCCCUGCUGCCCACGCCCGAGGCCUGCAACACCACCACAGGCAGCUGUGUCUGGUGCAGGGGCACCUGCGCCUCCUCUGAUACCGCUGAGAGACUGGGCUGUUCAAUUGGUCAGUCUCCCUGCUCCCCCACCCCUCGUCUACCAGACCAGUGUCGAAGACUGAAGACCUGCAGCGAGUGUCUGGCACGCCACCCCAGGACCUUCUCUAGCCCCUCACAGUCCCAGUCUGCUCUGCAGUGUAAGUGGUGUACAAACUGUCCAGAGGGAGCAUGCAUCAGCAGUACUGUCAGCUGCACCUCAGAACACGACUGCAGGAUCAACCAGAGAGAGAUCUUCCUGUCCAGCAACUGUACUGAGACCAGCUGUGAGGCCUCCGACUGCCCCAAGUGCACCGCCUCAGGGAAGUGCAUGUGGACACGCCAGUUCAAACGCACUGGGGAGACCAGGCGCAUCCUGAGUGUAAACCCCACCUACGACUGGACGUGCUUCAGCUACGCCCUGCUCAACGUGUCCCCCAUGCAGGUGGAGUCCUCCCCCCCUCUACCCUGCCCGCCCCCCUGUUACCACCUCAGCACCUGCAGCCUCUGCCUGGGCUCCCGGGGCUCAGAUGGGGGCUGGCAGCACUGUGUGUGGAGCAUGGCACUGCAGCAGUGUGUGAGUCCAUCCUUCAUGCCUCUGCGCUGUGAGGCGGGUCAGUGUGGUCGUCUGCUGUCUGGUGGGGACUCCUGCUCCCCACAGUGCGCCCAGCUCACCCAGUGCUCCCAGUGCAUCGCAUGGCCCCAGUGUGGCUGGUGUGCUGCCCGCGGGGGCAAUGGGGCUGGACGCUGCCAGCAGGGAGGCCUCGACGGUGUGAGUGAGGGAGUGUGUCCCCAGAGGAACAGCAGCUGGUCAUUCCUCCACUGCCCAGAGGAAGAUGAGUGUGCCAACGGCCACCACCACUGUAACAGCACCCAGGACUGCCAUGACCUGACCCAGGGAUACCACUGUACCUGCAAGCAGGGCUACGUUCUCAGCCGUGUGUCAGGCCAGUGUGAGCCGGUGUGUGCUCAGGGUUGUGUCAACGGGACGUGUGUGUCCCCGGGAGUGUGUCAGUGUCACUUUGGCUUCGUGGGGGACAACUGCUCGUCUCAGUGUCGCUGUAACAAACACAGCAACUGCAAAGGAGUGUCUGAGCCUGACAAGUGUCUGGAGUGUAGAAACAACACCAUGGGUGAUCACUGUGAGAAGUGUAAGCCCCUGUAUGUGGGGUCGGCGGUGGGUGGGGGGACGUGCCGCCCCUGUCGGGAGUUCUGCAGGGGGAACAGCGCUGUGUGUCUGUCCCGGGACGAACACAAGAGGGCGGUAGACCACCCCCAAGACCACCCUCUGGACCAAGACAGCAUUGUUCAGUGGGUGUCGGAGGGUCCUACAGAGGACGCAGCGGUUUGUGUGAGCUGCCAGAACAACAGCGUGGGGGACAAGUGUGAGAGCUGCCUUAGCGGCUACUUCCUACUGCAGGGGAAGUGUGACAAGUGUCAGUGUAACGGCCAUGCUGACACGUGUAAUGAACAUGACGGCACAGGCUGCCCCUGUCAGAACAACACAGAGACCUCUUCCUGCCUCAGCAGCCCGCAGAGCGACAGGAAGGACUGCUACAGAACACAGUGCGCCAAGUGCAAAGACUCCUUCAACGGCACACCGGUAAACGGGCGCCAGUGCUACCGGCAGUUCAACGUGGACAAUGAGUGCUGCUUCGACCCCACCUCCCAGACAAACUGCUUCCACGACCCCACCAUCCGCAAUCUGCCCAAGGGACGCACCGUCUUCUUCGCUGCCCAGCCAAAGUUCACCAACGUGGACAUCCGGGUCACCAUCGACGUGACCUUCGGGGAGGUGGAGGUGUACGUGUCCAACUCCCACGACACCUUUAUUGUAGAAGUGGACCGCCACACAGGCAUCCACGCCAUCAAGAUCGAGGACGAGUCAGCGGCCCGAGGUGGGGUGAGCGGGGGGGAUAAGGAGACGCAUCCAUCACCUAUGAAGGUGUAUGCCAACUCCUCAUCCAGUCUGGGUGGGCCCAUGCUCCUCAACACCCCCCUGCAGCUCCACGCCAAGCCCCAGGGGGCAGAGAGGGAGGUACGGGAGGCCAGGACGGAGGGGCUGAUCUCUUACAUCACGGUGUGGAAGCCCCAGACGGUGCUGAUCGUUCGAGGUGUCCGUGACCGCGUGGUCAUCACCUUCCCCCAUGAGGUCCAUUCCCUGAAGUCCAGCCGCUUCUACAUCGCCCUGCGCGGGGUAGGCACCAACGAGAGACAGGGCGAGUCCCAGGGCCUGCUCUUCCUCCGCCAGGACCAGGCCCACAUCGACCUGUUCGUCUUCUUCUCUGUUUUCUUCUCCUGCUUCUUCCUCUUCCUCUCCGUCUGUGUCCUCCUCUGGAAGAUUAAGCAGUUCAUGGACUUCCGCCGAGAGCAGAGGCGUCAUAUCCAGGAAAUGACCAAGAUGGCGUCCAGGCCCUUCGCCAAGCUCACUGUCUAUUUGGAGCCAGAGGAGCCCCAGCUCAUCUACCUGCCCUCCACAGGGGGCGGAGGGGUGGGGGGCAGUGCCGUGUCCCUGGCCCAUGCACGCACAGGCAAGCUGGGGGGCAUUGUAGUUGGCCAGAGGGGGAGAGCUGGAGCCGUCUCCUACAAACACGAGCCAGGCUCCGGCCCCACCAUCCACCACCACCACCUUACCUUGGGCGGAGGGGGCAACAGUGGGCAGCACCUGCCCCUGCAUUACCUCAACACCCACCACUAUGUCCCCACCACCGCCAACACCACAGCCUCGCACCACCACCACCCGUCCUCCCACAGUGGGUACCAGCACUUCUGCCGCUCCGACCCCUUCCUGUCCCAGCUCUUGGGCUUCUCCUACUCCACCUUCAAAGUGGGGCCCAUCACCCUGGAGCCCACGGACGACGGCAUGGCCGGGGUGGCCACCGUCCUCAUCCAGCUGCCGGGGGGCAUCCUGGCCCCUAACCGCGCCUGCCUGGGGUCCGCCCUGGUCACUCUACGGCAGAACCUCCAGGAGUACUGUGGUCACGGCAAUGGAGGGGGACACCCCGGAGCGGGAGGGGUGCGCAAAGGCCUGCUAGGGCAUCAGCACCUCACCACCAUGGCUAUGUAGAGAAGGGGGGAAAGAUAGAGAGGGGUAUGUGGUAGUAAGAUGUUAAGGGGUUAGAAGAGAGAUAGGGAGUUACAUGAAAAAGGCCAUAAAGGAGGAAGUUAUAUAAGAGCCCGUUGAAGUUGAUAUGAUCGUGCCUGUAUAUACACUGUUUCAAUAUUGAGUGUAUUUUAUUCAGUUAUGUAUCACUAUAUUUCAAACGCUACACGUGACCAAGCCAGCUGUCUCUAGAAUGCACUACAACUACACGUUAUAUCAGCUCAACGAUUCAGUUGCAUCCUGUCUUCGUCCACUAUCGACGUAUGAGUGCAGUCGACAACCAGACACAUAGAGACUUUUGUUGCACUGUCGUUUUUGGAAUUACCAAUAAAAGUAGGGAUGAUAACUACUGGGGUUGGAACCAGCAUGUGCUUUAUACCCCAAAAAGUGACAAUCAAAUAUUGCCAUUAAAAACAGGAGACAAGGCUCAGUCUGCCUCAAUGUGCAAAAUCAAAUUGACGGAAUAGGGG